AUGGAGAAGUACAACCGCUGGUCCGACUUGACGACCGGGAUCAACCCAUUCGUGCCUCCGCCCCACAAGCUUCCAUCCAACGUCGUCCUGCGCUGGGGCCAGAUCCUCGUCGGUGGCGUCGUCGCGCUCGCCCGCUGGGUCCUCCUCCUCCCACUGCUGUUGCUCUGGUCGCUCCUCGAGCUCAUUGCGCUGCUCCUCGGCUACAUUCCGCUGAUUGGCCGGCUCAUCCAUCGGGUCGUCGACUGGGUCUGCGUCGGUCUCAUCCUUGUCGUGACGACCAUGUUUGUCAAGGAGGAAGAUGCCAACGUCCGCCGCCUGGGCCUGCUCCCGCCUGGCUUCAAGACGCCGUCGCUUCGCGGCGUCGCGGCUGGCGACCUCGUUGUGUGCAACCACUCGAGCGUCUUUGACGUGCUCUACCUCGCCUUCCGCUACUCGCCGACGUUUGUGUUUCCGUGCGAAAAGGAAAGCAGCGCCAAGGGCCUCGUGCAAUCGUGCACUGUCUUUGGCGCGCUUCGCCAGGCCAUGUCGCCGCCGUUGAGCUCGCUGUCGUCGCCCGUCAAGCUUGCCGAUGUCCUUGGCCGCGCGUCGGGUCCUGUCGUCGUCUUCGCCGAGGGGACCCGGAGCAACGGCAAGGCGGUCUUGCCCUUCCACGUGGAUCUGACCGCGCUGCCGACCUCGACGCGCAUCCAUAUCGUAGCGAUUCGGUACGAGUACAAGAACAUUGCGCCAACGCACACGUGUGGCUCGGCGCUUCUCCAGCUCUGCCGCGUCUUUUCGCAUGUCUACCACGCGAUGAAGAUCAUGCACUUGCCGGCCGAGUACGUCACGGACGCAUCUGCGGUGCGCGCGCUCUUGGCGUCGAUGCUGCGCACGAAAGCGAUUGACGUGAGCUGCGCCGACUUUGUCUCGUUCAACAAGUACUGGCAGCACGUCAACAGCGGCGGCCGCGAACCCGCGUCCAACUUUACCACGCGCAAGGCACCGCAUGAGCACGCGCAGUGGAAGGCAAAGGACACGUAGCUAGCUAUCAGCGCAUACGACUCGCCUGGUCUCGUUCGUCUCGUAGCCUGUACGAGCCAGUUUCAUGCGAUAACAGUAACCUGUACUCGUACUAGCUAGUCAAUCAAGCCAUUCACAACACGGG